AUGGUGAGGAACAAGAAUCCACAGGCGAAUCAAUCGAAAGAACCAAAAACGGGAGAACAAACGGUCAAUAAGGGAAAGGGAAAGGCGAAGCAAGAUUCAUACCCAGUCAUACCUCAGAAAGAUCUGUUUCAACGAAUAAACUUCACUUAUCAAGCUUCCAUCUUCUUACAAUCGCUUGGGUCAGGUAGCUCAGCAUCUACAUCGACUCAAGGCUUGAAUUCAGGUCGAGGUGAUGUGGAAUUGAAGGUUGAUAGGAAAGGGAAGCGCAAAGCUAUCGAACAUGAAAUACCCUCUUCUGCAAAUUCGUAUGAUUUGGAGGAACGAUUGUUAAAUGAUGGUCAAGACGUUGAGAAGGGUGCGACGAAGAAGUUGAGACAAUUGGCUAGAAUAAAUGUUAGGGAGAUGAAUAGUAUGUCUGUACAUAAUCAAUUGAAGCUGGACCCCUCUUUGAAACAAUCGUUAUGCAAAACAUGCGGUACGAUACUAAUCCCAGGGCUAACAUCAAGAAUCCGGAAUAGGCCCAAUCGAAAUUUAAUUUCAAUAACACAUCAUACAUGUCUGACGUGUCUCUCGUCAUUAUCCAUCCCUUCUCCUCCUAUACCCACCUACUCGAUUCAGGAUGCUACGCAAGGUGCACUGGGAGAUGAACAGCUUGAUGGUCCCGUUAGACGGAAUCGACGUAGGAAGGCUUCCAAGAGGGGUAAAAUCGUAUUUCACGAGACAGAACGAUCGACUACGGAUGGCGACGGGGUGGGUGGAGGACACACAUUGUGGAAAGGUGAUGAUAAGUUGGAAGGGUGGGGCAUCAAGUUGAAUGAAGCUGGAAAUCAAUGA